AUGAAGCCUAAGCAGCAUGAAGGGUCCCUUGGUGCUGCAAAAUUCUUCAUUACUCAAUCAACCUUGUUCAACAUAUUCUCUCAUGUUCUGGCAUUUGCUUCUGGUUUGCUCAUUGGAAUCACCAUCAUCACUUUCUCUCUCAAAAACUUGUCCCUCAACUUUCAAUUCCAUCAACUUUUCCUUCCAUCUUUGUCUCCUCCUCCAUUUUCUUCUCCCAUCUCAACUUUACUUAACCAGACCAAUAUCACCAUCUUCACCCCAAAUGAGUUAAGGGGUUUCUCGAAGCCAACCAAAGCUAUGCCUGACAUGACAGAGGAAGAGUUGCUGUGGAGAGCUUCCAUGGUUCCUAGGAUUAAGGAAUCGCCUUACAAACAGGCCCCAAAGGUUGCAUUUAUGUUUUUGACAAAAGGGCCUGUCCUUUUGCGUCCAUUGUGGGAGAGAUUCUUCAAAGGAAAUGAAGGAUUCUAUUCUAUCUAUGUCCAUUCCCAUCCUUCUUUCAAUGACACAGUCCCUCAAAGUUCAGUGUUUCAUGGCCGCAGAAUCCCAAGCAAGGAGGUAAGGUGGGGUGAGUUCAACAUUGUAGGGGCAGAGAGGCGUCUACUGGCGAAUGCACUGCUAGACUUCUCCAACCAACGUUUUGUUCUUCUCUCAGAAUCAUGCAUUCCUUUGUUCAACUUCUCAACCAUAUACACCUACCUCAUCAACUCAACCGAGACCUUUGUGGAAGCCUAUGACUUGCCAGGUGCAGUGGGGAGGGGAAGGUACAGCCCCAAGAUGAGGCCACUGGUUAGGCUUUCUCAGUGGAGAAAAGGGUCCCAAUGGUUCCAAAUAGACCGUGCCCUUGCCACUGAGAUAGUAUCUGACCAGCAAUACUUCCCCUUGUUCAACAAACAUUGCAGGAAUGGAUGUUAUGGUGAUGAACACUACUUGCCAACUUUUGUUGGUAUCAAGUUUUGGCGGAGUAACUCCAACAGAACUUUGACAUGGGUUGAUUGGUCCAAGGGUGGACCCCAUCCAGCAAGGUUUAUGAGAAGGGAUGUAACCGUGGAUUUUCUCAAGAGGCUCAGGGAUGGAAGCACAUGCCACUACAAUGGGAAGACCACCAAUAUUUGCUACCUGUUUGCAAGAAAGUUCAUGCCUCAUGCUUUAGAUAGAUUGCUGAGGUUUGCUCCACAGAUAAUGCACUUCAAUUGA